CCCUGAACCUGCUCGAGUAGAACACUGGCCCCCCAAAAUGGCGAAAAGAAAGCGCAACAAUGCCAGUUCACAAGCCGUCAAAAAACAGGCCAUUGCGAGCGGCAUCCCAAGUCCACCGCACGAGGCAAAUGGCUCAGCUGGGCCCAUAAGUAUUCAAGCGGUAACUUCUUCCGAGGAAGUCGAGAUUACGGUUGAAACCCUACAGGCAUUGGCAGAGCAUCCAGCUCUCAUCAAAUCAAAAGCUUGCAAGGAUCUAAGAACCGCAGUGUACAACUUUCGUCAGGCAAGCACAACGGGAAUGAUAUCGGCUGAGGGUAGCAAUCUUACAGCACGCAUAUCCGCUGCGCUCACGGAUGGAAAUUACCUGGAUGCACGCAUCAUGCUGGCAGAGAUGCGCAUCAAAAAAGAAACUCCGACUCUAGGUGCCCUGUGUCGCUGGGUGCGAACUCUCGAUGUGGUUUCGGGAUUGUCGAUCCACGUGCGAGUGCCUAGCCAGAGCGUUGCAGGUGGCAAUGCUCACAAUAACGAACUGAUUCAAGUUUUGGAUGCUAUCCUCAGAGUUACAGGCCCUACUGAUACCACUGCGCAUGGGAUAGACGUUUCUUCAGAGCCUAUUGCAUUGCAAGAGACUUGGGACCUGAGGAAUAUCAACGAGCCUACGCGACAAGUACAACAAAGUGUCCAAAACAAGUCCAUAUUCAAACACUGCCCCUCUGGAUUCAAAGAUAGUUUUAGAAUUAUCGAAACGACCCCAGGCCCCUCCCGAAAACCACCCAAUCUUCACCCAGCUGUUCUCUUCGCCUCGAGAAACGACACAGUGUUAUUGGGAGAAGCACCCACAACGCACUGCCAGAAACACCCGAUAGUGCCGAACCUUAGGGUCAUUCGGGAUGUUCUUACGCCCGAUGAAUGUAUGUCUAUCAUAGCUGCUGGCGAGACGAUGGAGUUCAUUCCAGAUGCCCCAAUGCGGCCUCAAGGAGAAGACACCAGCGUGCUCGCCCACAAUUUCUACUGGAUAGUGGACGAGGCUUUUCACGAUAGACUCUGGAGCAGAGUAAAAGAUUUUAUGCCAAGUUCUGUUGCAGGUCGGCAGGUUCGCGGCAUUAAUCGCAGAUUCAGAGUGUACAGAUAUAUUUUUGGUGCUGAAUAUCGGUGCCAUAUUGAUGGCGCAUGGCCACCUUCUGGCAUAGACCCUGAUACCGAUGCCUACCAAUACGACGCGUCACCUAAAGAUGCCCGGCAGUCCUCUUUAUUCACAUUUUUGAUUUAUCUGAACGACGACUUCAAGGGUGGCGAAACUACAUUCUUUAUCCCAAACGUGAAAGAUGGGGUAAUAAACGCCUACCCUGUCAAGCCCAUCAUGGGAAGUGUAGCUGUGUUCCCACACGGCGAAGCACAGGGAGCCUUGUUGCAUGAGGGGACGGGAGUUGUUGAAGGCGCCAAAUAUGUUAUUCGAACAGAUGUAGAGUACGAUGUAGAUGUUACUGUUUUGUAA